GAAGCAUAAAUUGUAGCAACGGAAACACUGAAUUAGGAAGUUGACAGAGCUGAGGGACCUGCACAGUAUAAAUAACGAUUUCAUGUGAUUGUAAGAACGCUUCCCAGACUAAAGCUAACUUGGCUAUUUUGUGCCGAGUACCUUAUCUUUACGUAUAAUGGCGGUUAGUGCAGUCCAUCUAGAGUCGGAUGCUUUUUUGGUUUGUAUGAAUCAUGCGUUAAGCACAGAGAAAGAAGAAGUCAUGGGUCUGUGCAUUGGAGAGGUAGAUAACAACCGGAUCGUGCACAUUCACUCGGUGAUCAUCUUACGUCGCUCUGACAAGAGGAAGGACCGGGUGGAGAUUUCACCUGAGCAACUUUCUGCAGCUUCCACUGAGGCGGAAAGAUUAGCUGAGAUGACAGGGCGCCCCAUGAGAGUAGUUGGAUGGUACCAUUCCCACCCCCACAUCACGGUUUGGCCUUCGCACGUUGACGUAAGAACACAGGCGAUGUAUCAAAUGAUGGAUCAAGGUUUUGUUGGGUUGAUAUUCUCUUGCUUCAUUGAGGAUAAAAACACAAAGACUGGGAGGGUUCUCUAUACGUGCUUCCAGUCCGUACAGGCACAGAAGGGCUCAGAGUAUGAGAGGAUUGAGAUCCCAAUCCACGUGGUCCCGCAUGAAGCUAUUGGAAAGGUGUGCCUGGAGUCUGCUGUGGAACUACCCAGAAUUCUCUGCCAGGAAGAGCAGGACACCUAUCGGAGAAUUCACAGCCUAUCUCACCUGGAUCCCAUUACCAAGAUACACAACGGCUCAGUCUUCACUAAGAACCUGUGCAGUCAGAUGUGUGCUGUGCUGUGCUUGCAGUCUUCACUAAGAACCUGUGCAGUCAGAUGUGUGCUGUGCUGUGCUUGCAGUCUUCACUAAGAACCUGUGCAGUCAGAUGUGUGCUGUGCUGUGCUGU